UCAUGGCUGCUUUUUACGGUGAUGGCAUUUAAUAAGGAAUCACAAAUCACAAAUUGAUGGCAGUUAAGGAAUGCUAUAUUUUUUUAUGGCAACUAAGAAAUCAGUAUAAAUUUUGACGGCAAUGAACAAAUUGUCUCUAUAUGAUUCAUAACGGAAGCAAAGUGUCAACGUGCGACCCGUAGAUUUAGCUCCUACUGAUCAUUCACAAAAGAGGUUAGUGAACGCAACUGACUUUUGGAAGGAGAAAUUUGCAGAGCAAGCAAAGCGGAGCUGUGGGAGUGCGUGUAUUUUAGUUCCAUCCCGUUGAGGCAGUGGAACACCGGCCGGAGAUAGUAUAAGUGCAUAACCAAGGUAGCUGAGCUCACCCAGCGACAGUUGUGCUGCCAACUUCAGGCCAAUCCGGCCAUGAACGACGUAAACAAAGCCAUGGCUGUGUCUCAUCACUCUCACAUAGGCGGGAAGAAGCUCCUCAAUGUGGUGCCUAUGCUCAUCCUCUUCUCCCUGGGAUUCGUGCUCGGCAUGACCUGCAACUCCAAGUUCCCAAACUUGUACCUCUCCUCCAAGUUCCCAAACUUCUACCUCUCCUCCGCCGCGCCAUCGCCGCCUCCGUCGCCACCUCCGGUACCAUCAUCAUCGUCGCCACCUCCUCCGGUACCAUCUUCACCGCCUCCGGCGCCACUGCCACCGCAAAACCCUGACCCACAAGUGGGGCUGGCACGCUUCCUCGCGCCGAGCAGCGUCGUCAUGCACAACAUGACCGACGAGGAGCUGAUGUGGUGGGCGUCCAUGACGCCCAAGGUCCGCAGCACGCCGUACCACCGCGCGCCCAAGGUUGCCUUCUUGUUCCUGGCCAAAGGGGACCUGCCGCUGCGGCCGUUGUGGGAGAAGUUCUUCGCGGGGCACCAAGGCCUGUACUCCAUUUACGUGCACACCGAUCCUUCCUACACCGGCUCGCCGCCGGAGGACUCCGUCUUCUACGGUCGCAUGAUCCCAAGCCAGAAAACGAUUUGGGGAGACGUGAGCCUGGUGGCGGCGGAGCGGCGGCUGCUGGCGAACGCGCUGCUGGACAUCGGCAACGAGCGGUUCGUGCUCAUCUCCGAGUCGUGCAUCCCUCUCUACAACUUCACCACCGUGUACGCCGUGGUCACGGGCACCAACACCAGCUUCGUGGACGUGAUGGUGACCCCGUCGCGGUACAACGAGCUGUUCCUGGAGCGGAACAACAUCACCAUGGCGCAGUGGCGCAAGGGCGAGGAGUGGUUCGAGAUGGACCGGGACCUGGCGCUGGAGGUGGUCGCCGACGGCACCUACUUCCCGACGUUCCAGGAGCGCUGCGUGGGGCUGCGGAACUGCCUCAUGGACGAGCACUACGUGCCGACGCUGCUGAGCGUGCUGCGGUGGCCGCGGAGCGCCAACCGGACGCUCACGUUCACGGACUGGAAGCGCCGGGACGGGCUGUACCACCCGCACAGGCACGGCGCGGCGGAGGUCACGCCGGAGCUGGUCGAGGAGAUCAGGGGAGGCGCGCGCUCCGGCGGCCGCAGCAGGAACUGCAGCGCGUACCACGACGGGGCCACCGGCGUCUGCUUCCUGUUCGCGCGCAAGUUCACGCCGGACACGCUCCAGCCGCUGCUCCGGUUGGCGCCCAAGGUCAUGGGGUUCGGGUGAGACGAGAGAUCGAGUCUGUAUAUUAUUGGUGUGGCCGCUUUAGAUGUUUUUGGAGUUAUUUUAGUAUUAAUGUACGAGUGUCAUCUAUCAACACCAGUCACUAGUCACUAGAAGAAUAAAAUGAUUUUUUUUUAAGCUUCUUCUUUACGUGUAGCUGCAGAAACGGGAACGCUAG